AUGAAAUUCCUCAUCGCAGUCUGCCUCGCCGUGAGAGCCGCAGCGCUCUAUAUUCCCCAGCCAGACUCCAACAUCGACACCGUUUUCAACUGCAAGACAGACGCAAUGUACCAUCCUUGCAAAAUCGCUUACGACAUCGGCCACUGCAUCGAGUGGAAGUACCCGCUCAAUCUCAAGGACACGAGCUGCGGAGAGUGCUCAGAGAGCUGGAAGAAGUACACUAAAGCGUGUGUCGACUCGGGGUGCGCGCAGUGGGAUUCUAAUCCGUUGGAGAAGUGCAUGUGGAGGAGCGGGGCAAGGUCGUGGAACUUGGUCGGGGGGGGGGGGGGGGGGGUGGCGGUUUAG